GUGUAUGUGUGAUUGCAGUGUGAGUGUACAAGUUUGGUUUGGAAUAAAUUCUUGUGAUGUAAGAAAUUUGUAAACAAUCUGUUGGUAAAAUUUCUCUUUUUUCAUUGAUAAAACAAGCAGUUAUAAUGGAUGAUCAUGUGGGAUUGCCGCAUGACAUCCAUGAUAUUCAUUCUUGUUUGAAAAGUAAUUUAGAAAGUGGUGACGAUGGUGAAGUUGAAGUAGAAAUUAACAGCCGGUUUGUUGAACCUAUAGACGGUAGUGACUCUCCACCUUACACCCCUGUACCUGGGUUUACUCAAAAUGGAGAAACAGUCUCCAAUGAAAUUUCUGCUCCGUAUGAAGUGCCUCAAUUUCCAAUUGAAGUUAUAGAAAAGAAACUAGCUAUCCAAAAGCAACUUUCAAGCAGGGUAGUAAAAGAAGAUGAUAAGCGCAGUCAUUAUGAGCCCUCUAUUGUCGGCACAGUAGCAGACGAGAAUGACCGCAUUUUCAAACUGGAUGAACAUGACUUUGUCCCUCACUACCAGCGAGUGUACAUCAGUGGAGAGGACACCAGUGGGGUACCUCUGGAAGAUCUACAUCAGGCCUCACGACUGUUGGUUCAAGCCUUGCACAUCAGAGAGCGCUACAUGGAGAUGUCCCACCAGAGUUUUCCUCCUCUAACAGCUCGCUUCCUCCGAUCCUUUGACAAUAAGGCGCCUCACUACUACAAGAACAUUCAACAUGAAGAUAAAAAAACCAUUGCAGACCCUACCACCUCCUCUCCUGGUCCUUCUCCUGGUUAUCACAUUGAUAGUGACACUCUGUCUGACAGUGACAUUAGAAACUUGCUACUUCGAGACACGUGGCAAGACCACCCUGUGCAUGCUCCCCCCAGCACUACAAGCCCUUGGGAGUGUGAGAUUCCUGCGACCAAGGGAUACAUCAUACAACCUCUAAGAGGCGUCUACCAGGUAUACAAAGAUAAGACUGCCUUGGACAAUGGGGAAGCUCUGCCGUAUGCCUACCCUCGCCUCGACAUGUUCGUGCAGGAUAUGAACAGGCUCUGUACCAUGAUAGCUGAUGGGCCCAUGAAGUCAUUUUGUUACCGUCGUCUGAGUUACCUCUCGUCCAAGUAUCAGUUACAUGUUCUGCUGAAUGAGCUACGAGAACUCGCUUCUCAAAAAGCUGUUCCCCACAGGGACUUUUAUAAUAUUCGCAAGGUUGACACACAUAUUCACGCGGCAUCUUGCAUGAACCAGAAGCACCUGUUGCGCUUUAUCAAGAAGACGUUGAAGAAUCACGCUGACGAGGUAGUGACCAACGGUAGGGACGGAGAAAUGACUCUGAGACAGGUGUUUCAGUCCAUGAACCUCACGUCCUACGACCUCACUGUGGACAUGCUGGAUGUGCAUGCGGAUAGAAACACAUUCCAUAGAUUUGAUAAGUUCAACGCCAAGUACAACCCGAUUGGUGAGAGUAGAUUGAGGGAAGUUUUCCUCAAAACAGAUAACUACCUGGGUGGCAAAUACUUUGCAAGGAUAAUCAAGGAAGUUUCCUCAGAUCUAGAGGAGAGCAAAUAUCAGAACGCAGAGUUGAGGUUGAGUGUGUAUGGUAAGAGUAUUGAUGAGUGGGACAAGUUGGCCAAAUGGGCAACAACCAACAACGUCUACAGUGACAAUGUCCGUUGGCUCAUACAGAUCCCUCGGCUCUACGACAUCUUCAGAACCAACAAGUUGAUGAACAACUUCCAAGAACUUCUCACCAACAUAUUCCUACCACUUUUUGAAGUCACCAAUGACCCAGCCAGCCACCCAGAUUUGCAUCAGUUCUUGCAAUAUGUGAUUGGGUUCGACAGUGUGGAUGACGAGAGCAAGCCAGAGAACCCUCUGUUUGACAAGGAUGUGACCACACCCGACCAAUGGGAUGACGUGGAGAACCCUCCCUACGCCUACUACCAGUACUACACCUAUGCCAACAUGACUGUUCUUAACCACUUCCGCACGGAGCAAGGGUUGAACACUUUUGUGCUGCGGCCUCACUGUGGAGAAGCUGGCCCUGUACAACACCUGGUGUGUGGAUUCAUGAUGGCAGAGAAUAUCUCCCAUGGUCUUCUCCUACGUAAAGUGCCAGUUCUGCAAUACUUGUACUAUCUGACACAGAUUGGCAUAGCUAUGUCUCCCCUGAGCAACAACUCUCUGUUCCUCAACUACCACCGCAACCCUCUCCCAGAGUACCUGGCUCGGGGCCUGUGUGUCAGCCUCUCCACCGAUGAUCCCCUUCAGUUCCACUUUACCAAGGAACCCCUGAUGGAGGAGUACAGCAUCGCAGCGCAAGUCUGGAAGCUGAGUUCCUGUGACAUGUGUGAGCUUGCCCGCAACAGUGUCAUCAUGAGUGGUUUCCCCCACAAGAUGAAGCAGUACUGGCUGGGCCCUAACUACACCAAGGAGGGUGUCGCAGGCAAUGACAUCAGUCGCACAAAUGUGCCAGACAUCCGCGUGGCGUAUCGCACCGAGACUCUGCUGGACGAACUCUCCAACAUCUUCAAACACGUCGAGCAUGAAACACAUGAAACUGCAUGAACGUCAAGUCAUUAUGUCCUUGUUUAACAUUUACCAAAUUACAUUUAUCUUAAUCAUAACCCAGGAAUUUUCAUAAAUUGCUUUUAGGGAUUUUUGUAUUGAUUUUUUUUAUGUUUUUAAAUAAAUAUUUUUGUUGACCCAUCAUAUUUUAGUUAGGUGUAGUCAGUAGAUGAUUAUUUUGCUUGAAAAAAUAAAUUAAUAUGACUGAUAGUUGCACCGAUUGAGAGAAAUUGUCAUUAAUAGUCAAUGAUUAACAUACUUAACUAACAUUUUUAUACUUCCCUUAGGGUAGGUUCUUGAGUCAUAUUUAAUGUAGUGUAAUGAUAGUAUUGAGGCUGUUCUGACAUUUAAGAUUGUGAUAAAUAUAGAGCUCUAUAACCAGAAUAUUUAUUAAUUAUAAACGUUGUAACCAUAACCAUAUACUAUUAAAAAACCUAUUUACCUUAUUAACUAUUGUACUUACAUUUCUAAAAUGUGUCUCUCUGAAUAUGUUUCUUUGAUUUGUUCAAGAAGUAACAACAUAGUUAAUUAUUAUAUUCUUGUGUUAGCAAUUUGCAAGUGUAAUCGGUUAAAACCGUUUUGCUUUAAAUUUUUUUAGUUGAGGAUAAUAUAAAUUGUAAUAUACUGUCCGCGAGAGUAAAGAAGUCCCCUGAGCUAUGGCCUUUUCGUAGUUUGAAGGCGUUACGCUUGAACGUUUCGCGCGACAAUUAGAGCCGUCUUCACUCUGCUCUGAUAGUUGUUAGGCUUAAUUGUUGUAUGUAAUAUCUGUAUGUUUUUAUAAAUCUAUGUCAUAAUAUUUUUUUGCAUCGUCAUACAAUCGAAGGACACCCAAUUUCUAGUGUUACUGAGGCAAAUUAAUAACCUUUCUACUUUAUGAUUUUUGUUUAGUUAAAUGUAACAAUACCAAUAAAAUACAAUACAAUAAAAUCCUUUUUAAAACCGAGUUUGAAAGCAUUAAUCCCAAAUAAUUAGUUGAAUAUACUUACGGUGAAUGCAUAUUACCGGUACAAAAUAUAAGUACACGAGUACAGCAGUUUCAAUAGCAUUCAUCAAUAAACAACUUAUUAUUAAAGUUCUUAAUCCUAUUACCAUAAACCUAAGCAAACAAUCUAGAAAACAAUUGUUAAUAUAGUAUUUUACUUACAAAUGCUGAAAUUGUAAGAGUUUAAUCGAUGUUAACUUGCAAAGGUUGAAUUUAAAACUAUUUAAUUUUUACAGUGAUCUUUUUCAAGAGUGUACCAUGAAUUUUAAAUUUUAUUUAAAUAUUGUAUACACAUUAUUUAAAAAUAUUAAGUUUUAUUCUUUAAAAUUAAUUCUUUCUCUCAAAACAGGUGAUAGUUUUUUACAUGUAUGGACAAUUUUUUGUUCGUGUAAAAAUUGCGUAUUACAUCUACGAUUACACGCCUAACAAAGCUAUCUAUUUGUACUUUAUGGUGGUCAGCCUUCUUGUGUUUUUUCCCUGGUGUACAGAGUUUUUCAUUCGGAGUUUGUUUGCCGGCUUUUCUAAUUCGUUUAAUAGUAUAUUCUGACACUUUACAAUAGUUUGCGGCACGUUCUGUUGCCUUUUCUAUCGGCACUAAUAACUUUUUGCCUUUACAUUCGUUGUCACAACACUUGAAAACCCGUCUAAUUAAAUCCCUCUCUAGUAGCACCACGUUUUCUUAAAUCCAUAGCUACAAGGACCGUCCAAACAAAACAGAAAUCACUACGCGAGAACACGAGACUGCACUAAAUUAAAUGACGUGACCACAUGAUGAUCAUCCACUUACCAAAACAAAGAUAUUAGUAAUUAUGUUUACAACAGUUGUUUACAUACAGACAUCGACAGUGGCGGCGAUUGGGCUUGAGAGGUGGGGGGACGAAAUCUAGAUUUAUUGUUGAUAUAAUUCUAUUUUAUAAUUUUGAUAAAUAUUCCUUAUGAAAGUGGGGGGGGGGGCAGCUGCCCCCCCUGGCUCCCCCUAAACGCCGCCUCUGGACAUCGAGGCGAGGCGCCCGGAUGCUUAGCGCCUGCAAAUAGUGCGCGAUACCCUCCAAAGAUAGCUGCGUAUCGCUCUGGCUCAAGGGACUUCUUUACUCUCGCGGAUAGUAGUUGCUUUAUGUAAUGAUUGUUCUCCAAAAAAUAAGGAAUAAGUUAAACAUAUGCAUUACUAUCCCUUGGUAAAUUAGGGACCAAGGAAUAUUGAUAUUAGUUGUAAUGUUGUAAUAGUAUAACCAUAAUUCAACUCGUAGACUGUAUAACCAUAAAGCCUGCCUACACUAAAAACCCAUUUUGUUAUUUUGAAAAAUAUAUACAGAAUUUAAGCAUAUAUCAAUAACAAAAACAAUUAGCUUUAUCCUAUUUACAUUAUUUAAUUAAUAACAUACAUCUUAUAAAAUGCUUAUAUUUGUUAGCUUAUCAGUAUAAAAUUUUGACCUAGUGUUAGAUUUAUGCAAUGAAAUAGGCUGAUCACAGAUCAAAAUUCAUUGUAGUAGCCCCGGAACAGUAAUAAUGACUAAUGUUGGUUUUAUAUUACCUGUCGUCAACUCCAAAUUGUUACUGUUGUCAAUGUUACAGGUUUCAGCGAGCUGCCAUUUUCAAGCAUACAGUCCUGCCUGGAAUGUACAAAAAAAUCCCCUUGUAUAGCUUUGUUGCUGGUUUACACACAUGACACAUAAAUAAAUAAGACUUUUAGUUGAAUAGGCCUAUCACGGGUACGAAAUUGAAACAUUGCCGUUACACGAUCGGGAACAGAGUGUCAACGGAGGGUUCAAUGAGCGCUAUCUAGUUGAAUUGUCUUCGUUAUCAGUUGUGGUCAGCUGUUCAGAUAGGUUUCCUUGUUGGAGUAGGGUGUUAAAAAUAAUAUUCAAUUUAAACUGUAGUUUAUCGUUGAGGAUAUGGCUGUUGUGUUCUGAGUUAUGUAUUUAUAAAUUUCGAACUACUCCAAGACGUCCAUUUUACUUCCUUUAUAACAGUAAUGUAGAACUUGUAGACCGGUGUAAAUGUCAUUCAUAUCGUGAUUACUGUCAAUGAGGUGUUGGGCAAAUGUUGACUUCUGUGUGUCUGUUCUCGGAUCUGGGCAGCUUUCUUUAUAACGGGUCCAUUUGUCCAAUAUAAAAACUGGGGCAGUCGGCAAAAUUUAUUUUGUGGAUUCCUGUUGAGCUGGUUUUAUCUAAUUGUUUGAGAUGGCUAUAAGAUAAUACAUGGAGUAUUGAUCUUCCCUUGAAUUCUGUCAACAACAUGACUGUGAGUAGUGACGGAAACACAUACAACAGCGUGAAUUCUUCAGUUUUAAGUCAUCAACUCCAAUUAUCAUUGGGUAAAAAUAUAAAUUGAUAUUGCAAGUUAGCCUCAAACUGGCUCUCAGGGUUUUUUUUUACAGAGGGUCAGGCUUACAAGUGACCAUGGGAACAGGUCCAAAUUCUCCGUCAAAUCCCAGGUCCUUAGUGAACCGUGAGAACCUUUUGACUAUGGUAACCUGUUCUUCCCUUUGAUCUCCCGUCAAUAGGUCAAGGGUUCUCAUACGCAGACCUUGUAGGGCUGGGCACAUAAAUACUGCUCCAUUUGAGGUGGGGAAAAAACUCUGAUACCUUCACAGUUUUCACAAGGUCUCUGGCUGGGGCAAGCUGUAGCGAGAUUUCCCUGAUGGGACUCAGCUUCUGAACUUGCUUGACCAGCCAAUCCUUUGUGGCUGCGUUAGCACAGCCAACCACAAAGGCUCUGCCUUCAAGAUGGCGGCUGAUUAUCCUGACGUCUUUGCCACGAAUCACCAACCUGGACAGCUCCCCCUUGAUUUUAUUGGCUUUAGCCUCCGUCCGUUUCCAGUCCGGGUGUUCAGAUUUGGCCAUCUUCUCCACAGACAGUGUCUCCAAAUAGGUGGAUGCUGGUGCUCUCUGUCAGACACCCGAGCCCUCUCCAUCUUUUGUCCUUGUCUUAUUUUUCUCGCCCCAGACAUCCUCAUGUCUCAGGUACUCUUGCCCCCCUCUUUCCACCUUUCUUCCUGGAGGCUUCAUUAGAGUCAGCUUUGGGGGUGCUGCCCUCGCCCUGUUUUUUUUUUUCAGCAUCAUGGUUCCCGGAGGAACUGGCUUUGCAGUGAGCCGAGUUAUGGUGCUUGGCAGCCCACGCCAGCCUCCUCUCACUUCUGGAUAGCACCUUUUCGCCUUUGGCUAAAGCAUCCGCUAUCCUCCGUCUUCGCAACUCGCCCCUGGAAAGUAGUUUUUUUUGUUCCUUUCCGGUUUCUGCGAGCUUGUCAUCAUAGUCAGAUUUCAGUAGACUUACCUCCUACAUUGGGGUCAGAUCGUCUACGUUGUUCCCACGAAUACCUGGUAUCUGAGGUUCACCUCCCCAGUGACCAGAUUAGAGAGGUAAGGGGUAUAUAUGACUGGGUUCCCCCUGGUUCCCAGGAGGUUCUGUUAAGACACUGAAUGUUAGGCUCCCAGUGCCAAUAGACUCUCGGCGCGGAUUGCAUUACACCUUAGUCUAGGGCCCCCCCACUUGGUUCUGUAGGUUGACCAACACCCAACUCUGAGGUUCUCCCACUCACUAAACCCCCAUAUCUUCCUAGCUCUCAGGUUGAUGUCUGGCAAAUAAUUUUUAUUAACUUGGAAAUAAAAUUGUAGUGCUAAGCAAAGUAUUUACUAAUACUUGAACAGAACCGGUAUGGAUUUACAAACAUAAACAAAUGAUGUUGCUGGCCUAUACUAAUAAUAGCAUUAACAUAUGAUUUCGACAAUUCCAUAUAAGCAAUGUUAAAUAAUGUUUAUUUUCCGGCCAGCAACGUCAUUAGUUUAUAUUUAUGAUCCAUACCGGUUCUGUUAAAGUAUUCGGGGAAAUCUGCAUACCUGUACUCAGAACUAGGACUUAUAAAAUGUUAGUCUGGUAACCAAAGCCCAGCAUGUUUGUUGGUUAUUGUGACACUUAGAUAAGUGUUUCCCAACCUUUUUCCCCGAGAUAAUAAUUCACAAUACAAAAUAUGUUGGGUACCACUUGGUUUUGUGAAUGUUGUAAUAUGUUUUUCAUCAUACUGUAUGGAAAACACCCGUUUUUAGUUAUCUAAAUCGUCCGCAAAAUCAUUGUUUUUGGGUACCUUCAAAUAGGGAACAGAAAAAAAUAUAUGGUAAAUUUUUUGGUUCGCUAACCUCAAAAUUCGCUUGAAAACGCUGCUAAUUACACAAUAUAUUUAAUUAUGUUUGUCAACAAUAGAAAAUAAACAUUGAUGACUACUUUGUUUAACCUCAAAUUAUGUGGUCUAAUUUUGUAAUGAUUAUAAAAGAUUAUUUCCACGGUAUGAUGAAAAUAAUUGUUCAUCACAUGGAGCGAAUGUGUCGUGAACCUUUCCUGAGGAGGUUUUAUACUUUCACCUUUGAUGAAUACCUUUGAGAAGUAUUAAAGUCACUUGGUUUUUUUUUUUUUUUUUUUUAAACUUAGGAAAUUAUCUUGUCCUUGUUCCAAUUUAUUUUUGAAUACUCACAGAGCUGAUUGGCUGACCAACAUCCCUUACAAUCCUGACAUAUUACUCAACUAAACAACUAAACACCCACCACAGUGACCACAGGUGGGGAAACACUGACAGAGAUGACAUAAUGUAUUUGUGAUUUCAGUAGCCACGUCACACAAGUCCUCCAAGUAAGACAGGGGUUUAAUUUUCUUAAACUUUAAACAAUAAUUAUAUUUCAAAAACCUUUUCUUUAUACUAUAUCAACUUUACUUCCUACAAGAUCUAAAUCCAAAACUGUGUUUUAUGCUGAUAAGCAUUUGGUGUUCUAUGUUAUUAAAUCAUGCAUGGGUUGUAUGUAGAAAUGUAUAAUCAUUAUUUUUAUAUAUAUAUAAAUCAAUAUAUAAUAAAUAUAUGAAAUAAAUUAUUGUUUGGAAAUUCAA